GGUGACAGAAUCACUGCCAAGAAGAUGCCAAUCCCUCCCUGUCUCUUCUGGUCUGAUAAAUAAUAGAGAGAGAGUACACGUGGUGAAAGAUGACACGCAUGCCACAGCCAUUCUUCCCUCAUGCUAAUACAUUUCAUCAAGGAAGUGCACUUCAAGGCCAUUUUCAGUAUAAGUAUUCUUGUAUGCCCAAUCUUCUAAAUACUAAUCCUGCAAUCUGUAUCUCAUCGCAACACAUAACUAUUACACCACUGGAUUCAAAUACAGCCCAACAUGACAGCCAUCAACUCAGCGGCAGUCUUCCACCCGAGCAGGGAUUUCCUGCUCUUCUCAGCCGCCGUUGGUCUCCCCCUCAACUUCGUCCGCUUCUGCAUCAUGGUGCGACCCGUUGCACUCUUCACAUUUAUCCUCCUCAUCUUCUCCGCCAUCUUCGGCUUCACCAUGAGACGCCUCCAUCGUCAAGGCGCGCACCUCAAGGCAACGUUUGCCACGCCCAUUACCGACCCGUUGAACUGUCUCAUUGCCGAUGUAUUGAUGGGUAUCCUGUCGCUCUUGACGCUCAGCUUCACGUGGACGCACAACAGGUGGCAGGAUACUGGAGAGACGUUCCUGGUAGCUUAUUCGUCGACACCGUUGAUGUUUAACAUGUUUCUUCAUUUUUAUCUGGCGCUGCUUGUGCUGUUGAGGACAAGCAAGAUGAAGGACAUUGUGAGGGAACUCGUGGGGGAUUUGGUGUCGAGCUCGCCUCAGCCUUGCCCGCACUGUCAUGGUCGACCGGAAUUUCACGAUGAUCAUGAUGAAGAGCAGCCGCUGGUGACGCCUCCUGCUGGAGAUCAUGAGGACACGCAUCAGGGCGGGGCUGGUCCUUCGACCGUCUGGAGUCGAUAGAUGCCGCUAAAUCGAUUUGCUUGGCAUGGCAAAUUCCUUUCAGGAUUACUGCCAAGAAUAUCUAUAGUCAGCACCGCGUAUGGACAACCUUUUGCUCUUCACUACUGGCCAGGACGAUCAGGAGAUUGGAAAAGUGGUAUCAUGAUUUCUAUAUAGCCUCAUCGAUAAUGCCAAAAAACCAUUAGUAUACCCAAUUGACCUCGUUCUCAUUCGUCAACGGAACUGAGGAUAUUGAAGCUCACA